AUGCUCACUUCAGAUACUGCAAAAAGAGCUGUGGAAGGCAAAGUAUACAGUCCUUUCACCACAUCUGGUGGAACUUCUUCUGUAGCUGUCCCCACCGAUGAGGAACAGGUUACUGGACUUGAAUGGAAAACUUUAGAAGCACUGAAAAAGGGAGUGGUAGGUUCAGUGUGGAAUAAUUGUUUUCAGCUCCCUCAAAAAUUUUCUGAUCACAACACUCAUUUGCCUCAAGUCAACAACUCUGCUGUUAUUUGGUUCUGCAUGCACGAAGGCAGUCAUUGCUGCCCAUCCUGUGGUGCUUAUUACAAGCUGGUCCAUCAUGAACUCCCACAUUAAGAAAUGUUGCAUUUAAUUCUAUAUUUAUCUAACUGUGUAACUCUUGCUUUUAUCUUUGGUGUAUAGUAGAUUUCAUUUAAAAAAGAAAAAGAAAAAAAAAAGAAAAUUAUUCUAUCCCAGGUAAAUUAAGAUUUAACUGCACCACACAGCAGAACUCUCUCACAGAUUACUAUUUUUCAUAAAACUGAAGAUAAAUUUGUAAAGAUCCUACCUUUCCACAGGAAGGUGUCCACUGUGGUCUUCUGCUUUGUCAUGUCAACAAUAUAAAUUCAAUGAAACGUUCCAAUAAAUACAACUGAUAAGAUCGUUUGCGCAAAUUCCAUAAUGACCCAAGAGGGCUCCAAGGAUUCAUAGAAUCAACAUUUGCCUCUGGCAGGCAGAAUUCCCUUCACCUGGGGUGAAGGAAGGACAUAUCUUUGUAACAUACAUUCAAGAAGUAUGAAAUAUUACAUGACGUUAGUACCUGUGUAAUUUAAAAUAGUGCUGUGUGUUUGAAUUCUUGCUUAAAUAUUCAGUUGACUUACCUGUACAGUGGUAAGUACAAUAUAUACAUAGCCAGUGCUGCUACAUUUGCUGUGGUCAGCUCCAGCUUUGACGCGUGUGGGGGAAAAGGGUUACGUUGAAAGAUGGAGAAGUUUAAAAAAAAAAAUUGGUAUCAUUGUAUUUUUCCAUCUAUGUACUGAACUACUUUAUAAAUAUGUUUUAAAUACUAAAAUCUUUUUUUCCACUGCAGUAGCAAACACCGAUUUCUGCAUUUAAGCACACAUGCCAUUUUAAAGAUUGUUGGUUUUAAGAAUUAAUGUAAAUCCAUCAAGGAAAAAUUCUUCACCUCUACUACUUGUACAAUUUUAGCUCCCCUUGGAAUGAGGGAUUAAUUUGUGUUUGUCAUAUGAUAGACAGCACAACAGAAAUAUCCUGUAAUAUGCAAAACAGUCCUUCACUAUCAGAGAAAAGAAAUAUAGAUAUAAACGGA